GAUCCAGACCCCCCCAUACCCCCCUCACCAGCCUGGCCCGUACAAGGGAGGUCCUGCCCCUGGAGGGUACUCAUCUCCACUCCAGAUCUACACUGUACAGUUUGGAUUCCAGCAAAUGGUCAACACGGCCGUCAGGAUGCAAGGUCCUGCCCCUGGAGGGUACCCAUCUGUACCCCAGUACUACCCUGGACAGCCUGGACCCCAGAAAAUGGUCAACACGGCCGUCAGGAUGCAAGGUCCUGCCCCUGGAGGGUACCCAUCUGUACCCCAGUACUACCCUGGACAGCCCGGACCCCAGAAAAUGGGUCCUGCUCCUGGAGUAUAUGCACCCUCACCCCAGUGCAUCACUGAACAGCCUGCACCUCAGAAUGUGGGUCUUUCGAGUGUCCAGCCCAUUGGUCACGGGAACUCUGGGAUCAGAAAGGAGAACAGUUCCCAGGGCACGAAGAUGCGUUUUGGUACUUGGGGUUGUUGUAAUUGUUUUAAUUGAGUUAAUCAAAGGAUUGCUUGCUCAUGCACUCUUUCUCUUCUCUCUCUCUCUCCCUUUGUCAAGAGUGGUUUGUGAUUCAAACACUGGUCCACUAGGGAGCUAGAGUAGUGUGUAUGUGUGUGUGUGCGUGCACAUGUGUGCGUGUGCAUUUCAGAAAGAUGCAUCUCUCCGCCACCUUUCAACCUGAUCUGCCUCAGAAGAUGGUGCCGCCAGUAAAUGCUGCCUCUGUGUUCUGAGCUGAUUAGAAUUUCUCAGAGACAAAAGAAACCUUGGGAACAUCAUUAUUCCCCCUUGGAGGACCGCAGGUCAAAACCAAUCACCGAAAAAGCGUCAGCAAUGCCACCAGCACAGGAAGCCAAGAGCACAAAAAGAAC